CGCCGCCCGCCGUCGCCAUCGGUUCCCUACCCGCCCCUGCGCUCUCGCUCCUGUCUGCGUCCCACUGGGAGGCCGGGCUUGGGUUGCCGGAGGGUGGCGUGAAAGAAAACAAAAGAGAAGAAGCGGGGAGAGUCCGGGAGGGCGAGCGUAGAGGCCAGUGCGCAGCCGGGCCGGGGCCGGACCGACGGACGGGCCUACGCUGCUGCUGCCGCGGCGGCGUCCGCGCGAGUCGCGUCUCGGCGGCGGCGGCGGCGGCGGCGGAAAGCGGCCGGGAGCGAUGGCGGCGGAUAGCCGGGAGGAGAAAGAUGGAGAACUUAAUGUUCUAGAUGAUAUUUUGACUGAAGUACCUGAACAAGAUGAUGAACUGUAUAAUCCAGAGAGUGAACAAGAUAAAAACGAGAAAAAGGGAUCAAAAAGAAAAAGUGAUCGAAUGGAAUCUACUGAUACCAAGCGACAAAAGCCUUCUGUUCAUUCAAGACAAGUGAUUUCUAAGCCAUUGAGCUCAUCUGUCAGCAAUAACAAAAGGAUAGUUAGUACAAAAGGAAAGUCAGUUACAGAAUAUAAAAAUGAGGACUAUCAAAGAUCUGAAAGAAACAAGCGUCUAGAUGGUGAUCGGAAAAUUCGUCUAUCAAGCAGUGCUGCCAGAGAACCUUAUAAGAAUCAGCCUGAAAAAUCUUGCCUGCGGAAAAGGGAUCCUGAAAGGAGGACUAAGUCCCCUACACCAGAUGGUUCUGAGAGAAUUGGGCUUGAAUUGGAUAGACGUGCAAGCAGAUCCAGCCAGUCUUCUAAGGAAGAAGUGAACUCUGAAGAAUAUGGCUCUGACCGUGAGACGGGUACCAGCGGGUCUUCUGAUGAGCAAGGCAACAACACUGAGAAUGAGGAGGAGGGUGUGGAAGAAGAUGUGGAGGAGGACGAAGAGGUAGAAGAAGAUGCAGAGGAAGAUGAAGAGGUGGAUGAAGAUGCGGAGGAGGAGGAGGAAGAAGAGGAGGAAGAAGAGGAAGAGGAGGAAGAAGAAGAGGAAGAAGAAUAUGAACAGGAUGAGAGAGACCAGAAGGAGGAGGGGAAUGACUAUGACACUCGGAGUGAGGCCAGUGACUCUGGUUCUGAAUCUGUUUCCUUCACAGAUGGGUCUGUCAGAUCUGGUUCAGGCACAGAUGGAUCAGAUGAGAAAAAGAAGGAAAGGAAGAGAGCUAGAGGCAUAUCUCCAAUUGUUUUUGAUAGAAGUGGAAGUUCUGCGUCAGAGUCUUAUGCAGGUUCAGAAAAGAAGCAUGAGAAAUUAUCAUCUUCCGUUCGUGCUGUCCGAAAAGAUCAAACCAGUAAACUCAAAUAUGUCCUUCAGGAUGCAAGAUUUUUCCUCAUAAAGAGUAACAACCAUGAGAAUGUGUCACUUGCCAAAGCAAAGGGUGUAUGGUCUACGCUCCCUGUAAAUGAAAAGAAAUUAAAUGCUGCUUUCAGAUCUGCAAGGAGUGUCAUCUUAAUAUUUUCUGUCAGAGAGAGUGGAAAAUUUCAAGGAUUUGCAAGGCUUUCUUCAGAGUCGCACCAUGGGGGGUCCCCCAUACACUGGGUGCUCCCAGCAGGGAUGAACGCCAAGAUGCUGGGGGGCGUCUUCAAGAUCGACUGGAUCUGCAGGCGAGAAUUACCCUUCACUAAGUCGGCUCAUCUCACCAACCCUUGGAAUGAACAUAAGCCAGUAAAGAUUGGGCGUGAUGGACAGGAAAUUGAACUUGAAUGUGGGACCCAGCUUUGUCUUCUGUUUCCCCCUGACGAAAGUAUUGACUUGUAUCAGGUCAUUCAUAAAAUGCGUCACAAGAGAAGAAUGCACUCUCAGCCCAGGUCAAGAGGACGUCCUUCCCGUCGAGAACCAGUCCGGGAUGUGGGAAGGCGUCGACCAGAAGAUUAUGAUAUUCAUAACAGCAGAAAGAAACCAAGGAUUGACUAUCCCCCUGAGUUUCACCAGAGACCAGGGUAUUUAAAGGAUCCACGAUACCAGGAAGUAGACAGUUUCACAAAUCUUAUUCCCAACAGACGAUUUUCAGGAGUUCGCCGAGAUGUGUUUUUAAAUGGGUCCUACAAUGAUUAUGUGAGGGAAUUUCAUAACAUGGGACCACCACCACCUUGGCAAGGAAUGCCCCCUUAUCCAGGAAUGGAACAGCCUCCACACCACCCUUACUAUCAACACCAUGCUCCACCUCCUCAGGCUCAUCCCCCGUACUCAGGACAUCACCCUGUACCACAUGAAGCAAGAUACAGAGAUAAACGAGUACAUGACUAUGAUAUGAGGGUGGAUGAUUUCCUUCGUCGCACUCAAGCCGUUGUCAGCGGUCGGAGAAGUAGACCCCGAGAGAGAGACCGGGAGCGGGAGCGAGACCGUCCUCGGGACAACCGAAGAGACAGAGAGCGAGACAGAGGACGAGAGAGAGAGAGGGAACGGGAGCGGCUGUGUGACCGGGACAGGGACCGAGGCGAGCGAGGUCGUUACCGAAGAUAAUGUGCUUUGGAAGAAGCACUGAUGGUUUCAAGAUAAAAAAAAAAACCUUGUAUUUUUUUUUCUGUGUGUUUACAAGUAGUAAAUUUAUUUUCAGCUGUCUACUUAAAAGUUCAUUGUGUAGAAGGAUUUAUUAUGACCCCCUUUGUUCCAAGCAUGCAGUAUAAUAAGAACUGGAAAAACUCAAAUCCGCCAAAAAUGCACAGUUGACAGUUGACUUGACACUUUUAUUGGGGCAGAAUGGAACAGUCCAAGAAUAUAGAUAAUUGAUUCAUUCUCCGUAAAUGUUCAUCUUAGAGUGUGUUCAUCCUAGUUGGUUUUUUUUUUAUUUGUUUUCUUUCUUUGGAAUCUUGAUUGGCAACUGCCAUGAUAACUUUGCUUUGAUGUGUCUCUACAUGUAGUUGCACACGGUUCAGUGAAGAUGCUGCUAUGAGUAUGCUCGUGUUGAAGUGUGACGGUGGGACUGUGUGGCAGUGUUGUAGCAGCCUCUGGGUUGUUUUUUUUUCCCCCUCUUUUUUUAAACUUGUAAAGUCACUUUUUAUUUUUCUUCAGUCUUCAAUGAUGAGAGCAAUAUUACGAAGACAUUGCUAUCUAAUUUUUAAUCUUUUUAAAUAAAAAAAUUCCCAUGUUCAGUAGCAUGGUUGAUGCUGUUGUUUAUCCUUCCCCUACCAACUGUCCAUUGGCUUGGAAUGUUCAUAACUGGCGCGUGUGGCAGUGGAAGAUAAUUCCCAUACUCGACAUUGCUACUGUUUUGUAUAAAAUAAAUUGGUAAAGAUUGAC